AUGGCAGCAGGAGGCUGUCAGUUAUUUGACUGCACGAUUCCUGAUAUGGAGUUGAGAGCUGCCGGGCGGAUCUUCGACAUGCUCAGCGUGUGCUCUCAGCUAGUUCAGUCAUCUUGGAGGGUGACUCGGCUACGGUCAUCAGCUGGAUCCAGGAAGAGAAUGUCGAAUCUUACCAAACUUGAAUUCGUUGCUCUUGAUAUUUCUGGCAAGAAUUACUUGUCUUGGAUCCUUGAUGUUGAGAUCCAUCUUGAUGCAAUGAACCUUGGAAAUACUAUAAAGGAAGAAAAUCAAGCGUCCCUGCAGGACCGUGCUAAAGCAAUGAUUUUUCUUCGGCACCAUCUUCAUGAGGAAUUGAAAACUGAGUAUCUAACGGUAAAAGAUCCCCUCAUUCUGUGGAAUAAUUUAAAGGAGAGAUAUGAGCACCAGAAGUGCGUAAUCCUCCCAAAAGCUCGAUAUGAUUGGAUGCACCUGAGGUUGCAAGAUUUUAAGAGUGUUAGUGAAUAUAAUUCUGCACUCUUUAAAAUCAGCUCACUUUUGAAAUUAUGUGGUGAGAAAGUCACCGAUGAGGAUAUGUUAGAGAAGACAUUUACUACUUUUCAUGCCUCGAAUGUGCUCCUGCAGCAGCAAUAUCGAGAGAGGAAGUUUACAAAGUAUUCUGAACUUAUAUCUUGUCUUCUAGUGGCUGAGCAAAAUAAUGAGCUUUUGUUGAAAAAUCACCAAUCUCGUCCCACUAGUUCCAUACCAUUCCCUAAAGCGAAUGGCACAUCAUUCCCUGAAGCGAACGAUAAAUCAUUCCAAAAGAAUCGUAGAUAUGGGAGAGGACGUGGUAGAAAAAAUUAUCAUGGUGGCACCAGAAGUGAAACCACCAAAAGGGGAAAUAACAAGCGGGAUGCACCGUACCACCAGAAGUGGAACCACCAAAAGUGGAAUAACUCAGAUAAAAGAGAAGGCUCUCAGAGUAAAAAGAAAUUUGAAGAUGUGUGUUAUAGAUGUGGUAUGAAUGGACAUUGGUCGCGUACCUGUCGUACGCCUAAGCAUUUGGCAGACCUCUACCAAGCCUCUUUGAAAGAAAAAGAAAAGGGAAUUGAAACAAAUUUUGCUGAACCAUCAACACAUUUCAAAACCUCUGAUGGGGUUGAUAUUACUCAUCUUGAUGUUUCUGAUUUCUUUGAAGAUCCUAGUGGUAGAAUUGAUCAUUUGAUUGGUGAUGGAAGUGUUUCCUUUAAUUAG